AACCAAGCAACCAGAACCCUAGAAGAAACAUCACCAAAAGGUUGUCAUUUAGAAUUUUCCCCUUUUCUUAUCAAUACACAAGCAAAUCAAAAACCAGAAGAUAACACCUUUCGAAAAUCUCAUUGUCGAUUCUAUAACGGCAAGAAACAAAAAUAUGAGCCUAAACUGCCUUGCCUGCCACAUCCUGCAAAGAUCAAACUCGGACAUAGAUUCAAACAUUACUGAAAACUUCGUAAUUCCAGGAUAUAAAAAGAUGGGAAGGAAAAGACCAACUUUGCCCGUAGUGAGACGGGUCAAAACGGGACAUCGCAGGCUACAUAGUGCGGAGGCCAUUGUCUGUGGGGAUCUUGACGAGCCGAAGCUGGUCAGAAGCAGUGGGAUCAGAAGGGAUUGGAGCUUUGAGGAUCUAAAGAAACAAAGAGAUCAGAUAAGAAUUGUAGAGACAAUAAAGGAAUAAGACAGAUAUCAUUUCCUACGUUUCUUCUAAUUAAUGUUCUUCUUGUUGUUAACUUGUUCUAUUCCUUUCAAAUUAUAAGGACAAUCCGCAAAACGUAAGAUUUUGAAAAUUGAUGUUCUGUUCUCA